AUGGCACAUAAAAAAGUUCAGCUGGACCAAGAAACCUUCUCUUGUUCCAUCUGUUUGGAUCUACUGAAGGAUCCGGUGACUACAGCCUGUGGACACAGCUACUGCAGGAACUGUAUUAAAACUGAUCACUGCUAUGCUGGACCUGAAGAUGUGGCCUGUGAUGUCUGCACUGGGAGGAAGCUGAAAGCCAUCAAGUCCUGUUUAACUUGUCUGGCCUCUUACUGUGAGAAACACCUUCAACCUCACUAUGAUGCAGCUCCAUUAAAGAAACACAAGCUGGUGGCCCCCUCCAAGAAGCUCCAGGAGAACAUCUGCUCUCGUCAUGAUGAGGUGAUGAAGAUUUUCUGUCGUACUGAUCAGCAGAGUAUCUGUUAUGUCUGCACAAUGGAUGAACAUAAAGGCCAUGAAACAGUCCCAGCACUCAGUGAGUCUACACACUCAUCCAGCAUCAAUAUUCGUCCUCUGAGGUACUUUGAGGAUGUGACAGCAGCUGUGUCAGAGACCAGAGAUAAACUACAGGACAUUCUGAGAGAGGAAUGGACAAACAUCUCACUGACAGUCACUGAAGUGGAUGUUUUACUGUCACCACCAGAGCCAAAGACCAGAGCUGGAUUCUUACAAUAUUCAUGUGAAAUCACACUGGAUCCAAACACAGCACACAGAUGUCUGUUUUUAUCUGAGGGGAACAGAAAAGCAACAUUUAUGAAACAACAACAGUCUUAUUCUGAUCAUCCAGACAGAUUCACUGGAUAUUCUCAGGUCCUGAGUAGAGAGAGUCUGACUGGACGUUGUUACUGGGAGGUGGAGUGGAGAGGGAGAGGAGUUGAUGUAGCAGUCGCAUACAAGAAUAUCAGAAGAGCAGGGAGCUUAGAUGGAUUUGGUUUUGGAUUCAAUGACAAAUCUUGGUCAUUACGUUGUUACACAAACAGUUAUAUUUUUUGGUGCAACAAGAAGCGAACUGAUCUCUCAGGUCCUCGGUCCUCCAGAGUAGGAGUGUACCUGGAUCACAGAGCAGGUAUUCUGUCUUUCUACAGCGUCUCUGAAACCAUGACUCUCCUCCACAGAGUCCAGACCACAUUCACUCAGCCGCUCUAUGCUGGACUUCGGCUUUUUGAGAGUUUUUUUGGUGAAUCUAAUAGAGACACUGCAGAGUUAAUUGAGCUAAAGUAG